GAUAUUCAAUAAGGAAGGAAAUAAUUUGGUCGGUAAACCAAUCAGUUAUCACGUUUGCAAAUAUUUGGUGUAUUUUUAAUAAAUUGAUCCGCGUAGAUCACAAGGUCUUUUAAUAAUUUUACAUAAAAUGAAGAACACCAUAGGAUUUCUCAUGUUUUUGGCGGUAACUUCUAUACAAGGGCAGAAUAAUGACAUGAUAGUUCGGAAUGACUUUGAAGGACCUGACGCUGACGGGUCGUAUAAAUGGGCGUUGCAAACUGAGGGAGGUAUCUACCACGAGCAGCGUGGUUCCUUGCAAGCAAAUCCGGGCGGCGAGUCUAGUUUAGUCGUUGAAGGACAAUAUCAGUACACAGCGCCGGAUGGCCAGGUGAUAAACCUCCUUUACAAGGCAGACGAGAACGGCUUCCAACCCCAGGGUCAGCAUUUGCCAACACCGCCGCCCAUACCGCCGGCAAUUCAGCGCGCGUUGCAAUAUUUAGCUACAAAAAGUCCAUCGACUGAUGAUUAUUGA